AUGGCCACCUCAAAGAUACGUUUAGCAAUACUGGAUGACUACCAGGGCAUUGCUGCAGCCAAAUUCGCUCAUCUACAGCACAGAGUCGAAGUCACCACUUUCUCUGACACUAUCAAUCCGAGCGGAAAGGCGGAGAAGGAUGUUCUCAUCGGGCGUCUUCGACCGUUCACCGUUAUUUCGACGAUGCGGGAGCGAACAGCCUUGCCGGGAGACGUGAUUCGGGCUCUUCCGAACCUCAGAUUGCUUCUGACGACCGGAAUGAAGAACUCGGCAAUCGACAUGGCUGCCUGUGCGGAACAAAACAUCAUCGUCGCUGGAGCAAAGGGAAUUGGAAAGUCUGGGGACGUGAGCUUCCCUACCUCGAUUGAUUCUACUUUGCAACACUGCUGGGCACUCAUCCUGGGUAUCGCUCGGAACAUUGCCCGUGACGACGCCGCCGUCAAGUCUGGUCUCUGGGAGAUUUCUCCAGCUACAGGGCUGAAGGGCAAAACGCUAGGUCUGUUAGGAUUUGGCAACCUGGGUGCGAGGGUUGCCUCGGGUGGUGCGUGGGCGUUUGGAAUGAAGAUUCUAGCAUGGUCCAGUAGUCUCACGCAGGAGGUUGCUGAGCAAAAGGCCAAGUCAUUUGGUCUUGCACCAGGGACGUUCCAGGUGGCGAGUAGCAAGGAAGAGCUCCUCAGGGAAGCGGACGUGUUGAGCAUUCACUACGUUCUGUCUGACCGAAGCCGAGAUCUUCUAGGGGAGAGAGAGCUCGCGUUAUUGAAACCCUCUGCUCUCCUCGUCAACACCUCGAGAGGCGCCCUCAUCAACGAGAAGGCUUUAUUCGAUGCUUUGAACCACGGCAGGAUCAAGGGUGCAGCUUUGGACGUCUAUCAUGUGGAACCGUUGCCGCUCGACAGCCCGUGGCGUACGACUGCUUGGGGCAAGGACGGCAGAAGCCAAGUCCUACUCAGCCCACACAUGGGCUACGUCGAGGAGGGAGUCAUGAACCGAUGGUACGAGGAUACAGCAUCAAAUCUGGAGUUGUGGCUCGAGGGAAAGGACAUCCCGACAAAGCUCAACUGA